CGGCCAGUCUCGCAGCGGCGGCCGCGGCGAGCGGAGUCCCGGGGUCCCGGGAUGGCGGCGGGCGAGGCGGAGCCAGAGCUGCCCCCGCCCCCCGCGCCCGGCGGGCCCGCCACCGAGCGGGCCCUGGAGGAGGCGGCGGCGUCGGGCAGCCUGAGCCUGGCGGGGCGGCGGCUGCGGCUCUUCCCGGGCGGCGCGGCGCGGCGCUGGGACCUGAGCGACACCACCCAGGCCGAUCUCUCCCGGAACCGCUUUGCUGAAGUGCCCGAGGACGCCUGCCACCUGGUCUCCUUGGAGGGCCUGAGCUUGUACCAUAACUGCCUGCGGACCAUCCCGCCGGCCAUCGCCAACCUGCAGUCCCUCACCUACCUGAACCUCAGCCGGAACCAGCUCACCUCCCUCCCGCCCUGCCUCUGUCGCCUGCCCCUCAAAGUCCUCGUCGCCAGCAACAACAAGCUGGCCUCGCUGCCCGACGAGACGGGCUCGCUGAGCAACCUGCGCCAGCUGGACGUGAGCUGCAAUGAACUCCAGUCCCUGCCAGCCAGCAUGGGCCAGCUGGAGACCCUGCGAGACCUGAACGUCCGGAGGAACCAGCUAACUGCCCUGCCUGAAGAGCUGUCGGAGCUGCCCCUGGUCCGCCUGGACUUCUCCUGCAACCGGAUCGCCCGAAUCCCCGUCUGCUACCGGCACCUCCGGCACCUGCAGACCAUCCUGCUGGACAAUAACCCCCUCCAGUCGCCGCCUGCGCAGAUCUGCCUGAAAGGCAAAAUCCACAUCUUCAAAUACCUCAACCUGGAAGCCUGCAGCAAAGCGGUGCCUGACCUGUCCGACUUCGCCCAGGCCAGCCGGCCCACCGGCUUCGGCACCUGCCUCUCUGACGAGCUCUACCCCGGCCGGCAGUACGGCGGCCUGGACUCCGGCUUCAACAGUGUCGACAGCGGCAGCAAGCGGUGGUCUGGGAACGAGUCCACAGACGAGUUCUCCGACCUGUCGUUCCGCAUCGCAGAGCUGGUGCGUGAUCCCCGCCAGCUGAAGGAGAAGCGGGACAGGGCAGCCAACGGAGAGCUGGAGCAGAUCGAUUUCAUCGACAGCAGCGUGGAGGAGGAGGAGGCGGGCAAGCCGGAGAGCAGCUCGCCGGGCGCGGCCCCGGCGGAGGAGAAGCGGAAAGCAGAGAGGAGCCUUCCCCAGAGAGCCGAUGUCGGGGAGAAGGUGCCGAACAGCAGGCCCAGCCCUCCCCGGGAAGAGCCCCCCAGCGAGGAGCGGAGGCGUCCCGAGACGCUGCAGAUCUGGCAGGAGAGGGAGCGGCAGCAGCAGGUGUUGCGGAGCCAGGCGCUGGAGAAGCGGGACAGGUACGUGGGGGGGGCAGGCCCCCCGCCGGGGCCGGAUGGGGGCGUCUCGGCCUCCGCCCCCCUGACCCUCUCUGUCUCUUACAGCCUGCUGAGGGUGGCGUCCAAAGAGAGCAGCAGCCUGCCCCAGAGGAAGCCGAGGGCCCAGGUCAUAGAGCAGCCGUCCGGCGUCCCCAGCCCGACGUCCCCUGGGCAGACGCCCCGGCAGCAGGGUGAUCCCCCCCCCUCGCAGGUCUCCAGCCCCCUGGCACGGGAGCCCGGCUCAGCCCAGAAGCCCAGCAGCUUCCUCUUCCGCUCCUCGUCGCGGACCGCCGUCAAGCCCGGCUCCGCCUGCACCCCCCACGACUCCACUGCGGACCCCCAGCACCCCCUGCGGCUACGGGCCGGCUCGCACGACAUGGACGAGAAGGAGUUAACAGCCCAGCUCCGCAAGGCCAUCGAGUCGCGGCUCAGCGUGACGCUGGCGGAGGACCUGGGUGACGCCCUGGCCAACGGGGCCGUGCUGUGCCAGCUGGCCAACCACCUGCGCCCGCGCUCUGUGCCCUUCAUCCACGUCCCGUCUCCCGCCGUGCCAAAGCUGAACAAGAUCAAAUGUCGGAAGAACGUGGAGAGCUUCCUGGAGGCCUGUCGCCGCAUGGGGGUCCCGGAGGUCGCCCUCUGCUCCGCCUCCGACGUGCUCCAGGGGGACGCCAGGCGGCUCCGGGGCACCCUGCGGGCCCUGCUGCGCCCCGGAGCCGCGGAGGAGAGCCCUGCCGCUGCCCACGCCGCGCCCGCCCUGCCCGGGCCCCUCGCCGGCUUCGCCCUCUUCUAUGUCUCCGUGAUGUCGCUGCUUUUCCUGGCCUAUUGCAAGCUCUGGGGCUUCUGAGGAGCCGUGGGGCCGCAGGGGGGCCCCGGCCCCGCCUAGUGCCUUAGAGAGACCCGCGGCGGGGUGGGGGGCUGGGUCAGUCCUCUCCCUCUGGGGCCUGGUGGAUUUGGAUCCCCGCUGCCCUGCCCCACUUCAAACCCGCCUCCUCCUGCGGAGACCUGCUGUGGGUCCCAGAGCCCCGGUGUGGGCCCUGCUCCGGGCUCCCCCUUGGGGUGCGAGCUCGCCCCCUUCCCCAGCUCGCCAGUGCCUCUCAGUGGCCACGGGCUGCCCUGCGGCCAGCUCGGUUCGGCUGCCGUACCGCGGUUAAAUUAUACGGCUCUAUAUUUGAUAUAUAUAUUGGAAAGCCGAGCCCGUCCGCCGGGCCGGCGUGUACAAACGUGUAAAUAGCGUGUGGGUCCUUCUCUCUCGGCGAUUUCCUGCUGUACGUGCACCCCCCUCUCCCGGCGUGUCCCGGCCGCCGCGUGUGUGUCACGCCCCCCCGCGCUGUCGCGUUCGUGGAGAAAUGCAGCGCUCCAACCCACCGUGUGGCUUUUGUCUUGGUUUGCGUUGGCUUGUCUGUGCUUUGGCGCGGCCGGGCGGGUGCCCGCUGGCCCCGUGGCAAUGGGGGCGGGGGGGCGGUUCACGGGUCCCCUGGCGACUGGGGGCUCCCUUGGGCCGGGCGCUGCACAGAACCUGACCCGGGUCACGGCCCCAGUGGGUCGGCCUUGCACAGGACUCGCUGGAAUGGUUCGGUUCAAGGGGCCCAUCUGGCCCGGCGUCCCGGCUGCUCUAAAGUCCCCGUCCCGCCCCCUCGCAGAACGACGAGUCUCCCUCAGUGAGCGGUGGGUUUCUUCCACCAGCGCCCCCCGGUGGUGGAGGCCCAGGCAGCCGCCUCCAGCUCUAACGUCUCCUCUCUCCUCCCAGGAAGCCCUGUGCCAGCCCCAGCACGUCCUGGACGAGGAGAGCCUGGCGCCGCUGGCCCGGACCGUCCAGGCCCUGCUGACUGUGGCCCAGCCCCUGAAGAAGCCGACGCCCCCCGAGGGCACCUCCAGCAAGAUCUGAGGGGUGGGGGCCCUGGCACUAAUGGCACGGCCGAGGGGCCAGGGACUAGAACGCCCCGGGCCCUGUGGGGCUGGACAAUGCUGAGAGUUCCCCCAUAUGGGGCAGUAGGGGGCCCGGCUCAACCCCAACAGCACAGACGGUACAGGGAGGGGCCCUGACCCCUGCCCCAUAGCGAGGAAUCAGUGCCUUUUGGAAAACGCCUUGGUGUCAGCGGUGGGAUCCUCAGAUCAAGCCCAGCUCCUGUUGCUCAACCCGUCCCCUCCAGCGGCUUUCCCACAGGACGGCCUGGCAGCUGCGCGAGCCCCCUUGGGCUAGAGUGCGGAGGGGGGGAGGUUGUGAGCAGAUGUGGGGUAAGGAUGGGGGGGUUGAUCUCAAGUGGGGGGCUGUUUUAUUUCUCUGAAGGGAGGAAAUCGGGGCCAGGCACCAGCUGCUCCCCCUCUCGGAGCGACGGGCUCAGGCUCCCUGCAGACUCAGGCAGGGUCGCCAGACUGGGGUGUCUCGGGGCAGCCGUGGGGCACUGGGGCUGUGUGGGGCUGCGCGAGGUCACAGGUGAAGAGGAGGAAGCCCCCACUCCAGCCCCCUUUCCUUCCUUUCCAUGUUUCCCGGGGGCAGGGGGGCACAUUGCCCUGACCAAGCGAGGGUUGGGGGUGUGCCCCCUGGGCUGCUCCUGGCACCCCCCGUCCCCAGCAGCCCCUCGCUGCAGCCCUGCCCCCAGCCCCUGAUUCCCCUCCUGUGGGGGGGGGUCCCGGCUGCUCCUGGUCUGAGCUGUGCCCUGGGCCUCCCCUAACCUGCCUCCCUGGGAGGGGGACCACAGGGUCCUGGGUUCGCUCCCCAGCCCUGGGCGGGGAAGGGGGGCUGGGGGGGUGAGAGCAGGGGGGGCUGGGAGCCAGGACUCCUGGGUUCUCUCCCUGGUUCUGGGAGGGGAAGGGGGGCUGGUGGGUGAGAGCAGGGGGGCUGGGAGCCAGGACUCCUGGGUUCUCUCCCCUGCUCUGGGAGGUGUGUGGGGCUAGUGGGUUAGGGAAGGGGAGGGGAGAGCCCGGACUCCUGGGUUCUCUCCUGGCUCCCAGGGUUGUGCCCUCUAGUGGAAUAAAGAGGUAAAUGAACCACC